AUGGCGGAUUGGACUGAGCAAGACCUGUCGGAAGACCGGAUCAGUCAAUUGCUUGAAGAACUCAAACAAGCAGUCCAUGAGUAUGGUGAAUUGCAUCGCGCUCAAGGUGUGGACGAAAACGAACACCAACCCGCCCUCCACCAACACUCGAAGUACAUCUACGGCCUGUCAAAGGAGUAUCUCGGCCAUGACCCCAAACACGCAAGCGUCCGUAAGUUGUACAAGUGGUUCGGUCAGACCGUCCGAGGCCAAUUCCCUGGACACCGUAACCUGCGGCCAGAGCAGCAUAAGACGUACCAUCGACACAUUGCCGUCGGUCAGGAUGACGACGGAGAUAUGUCCGACAUGGAUCCAGCUCUGAUGGACGACAGCGACAGUGAAUAUGGCGGCAGUCAUGGGGAUGAUCAUUGCAGCGGUGACGACCAGGACGAGCAGCAAUACGACGAUGGUUAUCAUGACAAGCAUCAUGAGGAUUACCAUGGCUACGGAGGGCGUCAUGACCGGCAUCAUCACGGACAACAUGAGGGGUGGAAUGAAAAUGGGGAAGACGCUGGCCAGGGUGAAUGGGACGGAGAAUUGGGAGACGACGGCCAGGACGACAGAGAUUACGUCCAUGACAACGGUUGGAAUGAUCAGGAUGAAGACGGCCAAUAUAGCCACCACGGCGAAGGAGAUUACAGGGACGGAGGAGAUGAGCACGAGCACGGAGAUCAACAUCAACACCAAGGCCACAACCAUGAGCACCAACACCAUCAUCAGCACCAAGGCCACGAUCAUCGCGCAGACGAUUAUUAG